AACAACGAAGGAACGUAGACCAUAUUUUCUUCUGAGAAUCCGAGGGUCUCCAGCAGUGUCUCGCGAGCCGUCGUUUGUGAACCAGCGAACGGAAUGGCGGCGCUUAUAGCCUUCUUGCUCGUGACCCUCUCUACCUCCGCCCUGGGCCAAGUACCUGAGGGAUGCAUCGACCCUCCCGGCAACAAUGGUGUGGCGGAUAUUAUCGUACAGGCCCUGGAAGCUGCCCGCCCCCUCCUUGUGUCAGGGAUCCCUGAAUUGGGUAUCCCCCCCUUGGACCCCCUUGGCCCCCUGCCGAAGAUACCCUUCAGUGUGGACACCAGUGGACUCUGGCUCGAAGGUAUAGUGAACGACACGUACGUACGGAACAUCGCCCAGUUCGUUACGUGCUCGGUCAACCUGACGUUCGGCCUCGCGCAAAAAUUCGACAUUGAAUUCCGUCUGCAGAAUUUCCACAUGGAUGGUUUCUACGACGUCGAUGGCCUCGCCCUCUCGCUCUUCCCGAUCUUCGGCAACGGGGGCUUCAGAAUCGACGCGUACGACUCCGGCUUCAGCGGAGGAGCCAAGAUCAGCUACAACCCGCUCUCCGACCACGCCUCGCUCAGGGACCUCAAGCUCGACAUCUUCUUCGCCACGCUCCAGCUGGAAAUGGAGUGCAUUCUCGGCUGUGGAGACAUGUCUGACCUCAUCAACGGAGCUGCCAGUGAAAUAGGUAAUGCUUGCGUGAUUGGCCAAUCUUCUUUAAAUGAGCGUGGUUAG